AUGAACUCGCCAGACCUUAUGUUCCGCAAUGGCUUUCCACUUGCCUACCAGUACUCCAGUGCGCAGCCUUAUCACCAAUCAGGUACUCCAGCGGGUGGAACUUACUACAUGUGGUCCGGCAGUGAGCCGACUGCAAGUACGGCACAGACGUUGAAUGAAACCGGCGAUAGCGUUGGAAACUCCUCCACAAUGUCAUCUGGCUCUCCUCCGCCACAGGAAGCAUUGGUAGAACACCAGGUCCUCCAUCCUCACAACGGCCAUCCUACCCACGUGCCCAUCAAAGUCGAAGAUGCCUACGGAGGAACCGCCUACCCGACAAUGCAAAAUCACCACUUUCAUUACCAGCCUCAGAUUCAGGCUUUGCCCGGGAUAACAUCGCUCUCCUGGGCUGGCUCCGAACAGGAGGAGUGGAGACUUCGACAUCAGAUUCAACAUAUUCAUGACCCUAAUAAGACUCGAACGCGGGAAAAGUACCGAGUCGUCUACACGAAUUUUCAACGGCUAGAGUUGGAGAAAGAGUACAGAUUCAAUAGAUACAUUACCAUCAGCAAAAAAGCCGAAUUGGCUAAACAACUUCAACUUUCUGAGCGACAGAUCAAGAUUUGGUUUCAGAAUCGCCGCGCAAAGGAGCGCAAACAAACCAAAAGAGUCGGCUCCGAGUCGGAAAACGGCGGCGAUGACAUCGACGGGGCAGUGAAUGAUGACAUCCUCGUCGGUAGAUCUCCCUCUUCGGAGCAAACUAUCACUGAAGGAGAGCAGGAAAUCGCAGCGUUGCAGAGCAGCUCGUCCUCAAGCGGUUCUCCGCCUGGCCAGUCUCCUGCAAUUCAGAGCAUUAUGGACAACCUUGUUGAUUGCACUGAGAAGUACUUGAGCAAGACAGAAUGGAUAAAGUUUGAGCCUAAAUAA